AUGCACUCUUUGAUUAAAAAGAAGAAGAGAUUUUCUUUAGUUUUUCUCGAAGAGGGUGAAAUAUACACAAGGGAUUGUAUGGGCUUCCGGCAGCAUCCUGGCAGAUACCCGGAGAAGCGUCAAGAGAAAGGAAGAAUCCAUCUCUGUUCCCGAUCACUCAUCUUUGAACCUCAAGAUCGCGAAACUCCGCUAGUUCGCUAUUCCUACCGUGACAUGUCAGGCCCACCAGAAGAAAUAAUGGCUCCCAGAUCCUUAUACGCCCACACAAGUAAUGCAACACGAGUCUCAUUUUACAUCACAAAAAUCACAGAGCUCCCAGAUCUCCGCAGUCCUCUGCCAUACAAAACCAUUCAACUUCAGCAGCCUCAGAAUGUUCUUCUUGAUUUCGAAUAUGAAUCAGUGACGUCAAUGAACGAAUGGAUCAAUAAUCUUUACGAAAGGAAUGCAGGGCACAAUGCAGGCUUUGACCAAGACUCUGAACUGGCUGAUUUGGUGACUCAGAGGGAAAGAGGGAUCAGGUUUGACAUGAGCAGGAUUGAAAGCAUCACGGAACGGCCAACUAUUCAAGCUCCGAUGCUGGUCAAAAGAGUGCAUCCUUUUAUGAGUGUCCCAGGACUUUUGUAUAUUACUGAUAUAAGGCUUUAUUUUCAGCCUGUUUAUCAAGUUUCGGCAAACCCGGUGAAAAGUAUCAGACAUGCUGAUGUGUGUAAAAUUCAUAUGCAUAACUGUAAUAAAUAUGAGGAAUAUUAUAAAUUAUAAAAAAAUGGGUGUGAUUAUAUAGGUUUUUUUUUAAAUAAAUAAGUAUAAAAGAAGAUGGAAAUUAAGAAAUGUUGGCUUUGAAAUUUUUACUCGGGAUGAUAAAACGUUAUUUUUAUCGUUUUAUACAGAAAGAGAGAGAGACCAAAUUCUAGGACUUUUAUUAGGGCUUGCUGGGCCAGAGUGUGAAACUGAAAAUUCAGUAGAAAAUACAACGCUUAAAUGGCAGCUUAGACAGAUUAGCAAUUAUGAUUAUUUACUGUACUUAAAUUCCGCAGCUUAUCGCACGUUUUCUGAUUUUACUCAAUAUCCUGUAUUCCCAUGGGUUCUAUCUAAUUACGAUAGCCCAGAGCUUGAUUUAAAUGACCCUGCAAAUUUCAGAAACCUCAGCUUGCCGAUAGGUGCACUUAACCCCAAUCGUCUAGCUACUUUUAAAAAGAGAUACACAGAUAUGCCAGAGCCAAAGUUCUUAUAUGGAACUCACUAUUCAGCUCCUGGCUAUGUAAUAGGCUUUUUAUUCAGAAGAUUCCCUUUAUUCAUGCUAAGACUUCACGUAAUUUAUAAUUAGAGUGGAAAAUUUGACUCCCCAGACAGAUUAUUUAAUGACAUAGCCCAGGACUGGAGAAGUGUCCAGGACAACCCUGCAGAUGUAAAAGAAUUAAUCCCAGAAUUUUAUUCUGAUGACCCUAGUUUCUUACAAAAUGAUCUUGCCUUAGAUUUAGGUAUCAAAAUGAAUGGAGAAAAAGUAUGGGAUGUAAAACUUCCAUCUUGGGCGUCAGAUUCUCGGGAUUUUUUAAAAAAAAUGAGGGAAGCGUUGGAAAGCCCUUAUGUUAGCGAAAACUUGCAUCAUUGGAUUGAUUUGAUUUUUGGGUAUAAGCAAAGAGGAGAGCAUGCAUUUAAUGCAAAUAACAGUAAAAUAUAAGUAGUUUUCCAUCCAUUGACGUAUGAAGGAAGCGUCGAUAUAGAUAGUGUCAGUGAUCCAAUUCAAAAAAGAGCUAUUGAGCUACAAAUUCAUGAAUUUGGUCAAACCCCUAACUUCCCUAUCCUGCGAAUGACACCAUUGAACUGGAAAAUUAAUCUCUCAAAUCUAACUUCCUAUGUUUGGUAGCAAGAAUAUUAGAGAUUAAGUCGAAUAAUUGCUUUCAUGCAAUUAUAAUAUGAUUUCUACGAUUUUACUAACAUUUUCCAUACUCUAUCUCUUGCAUCUAUCGCAUAAAUUAUUUUUUAUAAAAAAAUUUAAAUAUGUAGCUUUUUCACAAAAAAUUUAUUUAGCCCCGUCCUUGAUAGAAAGGAGGCGAUCCGUUUGAUCAAAACAGGGAAGUAAGCAGCUGUUUAAAAUUCCUCACCCACCAAGACAUAUGAUCCAAGAAGAGGAAAAAGAAAUAGUAAAGCCACUAAAAACCGCAAGAAUGACAUGGAAUAUCGAAAGCGUCGCAAGAAAAAGCUCAAGUCAAGUCACCGAAAUAACUCUUCACAAAAAGCGUGUCAGCUCAAUCCACAAAAUUGGUGACAGAGCCAUUACCACUGCCCAUGAUGGCUGCCUCAAAGUAACAGCUCUUGAAAGGGUCCAAAAAAGGUCUUUCCCUAUAUGUGAAUUAGCUAUAUCUUGCAGUGCUUUAAUAAACGACAAAACAAUAGCAGCAGGCUCCUAUGAUAACAGAAUUUAUAUUUUUAACCUUUCUACAGGCCGAGUUAUUAACAAUUUUCAAGCUCAUGAUGAUGCAAUUACUUCCUGCGAGUACAUUGAAUCAUUAAAUGCAAUAGCAUCAGGCUCUUGGGAUGGCUUUGUGAAGCUAUGAGAUGUCAGGGAAAAACCAAAAAUGGUCCAUACAUAUGAAGAUCAUGAAGAACAAGUUACUGCUAUGUGUAUAGACUCAACGAAGACGAAUCCUUAUUUAUUAGCAUCGUGCGAUUUGGAUGGAAAAGUUGUAAUAAGAGAUCUGAGGGAAGGGGUGAUUUCAAGGUUUGAUAUAAUUAAAAUAUGGCGUCGAAAGAAUUUCUGGUCUCCGGCUGAAAUUUUAUCUCUUGCAUGUUUUAAUUAUGAGUUUGGUUUUCCCCUGGUGAAAUUAUCCCAGCUAUGUCAGGUAAGUAGAAUCGGGUGAUUUUUUCUAUUGGACUCCAAAUCUUAGGGAAUGGAAUUUUCAAGAAGGUACCACUUAUCCCAGGUGGCGGAGACUGAGCUUUUAAGGUGCCAUUCGGACCCAAGUAAGUGCUUGGACUAAAAGAAGAGCCGUCAAAGCCCAAACUUCAAGACUAGCGUCCUCUUUUGGUGAUCAAAAUCAGAGGUUGCUACACCUUUGGCGGGCCCUAGCAAAAUGAUGCGAAAUUCUCCCAAGAGUGGUGUUUGAGGUAGCAUCUUGGUAGUGGACGUUAAACGUGUAUAGAUUAAUUAAGAUUACAAUUUCAAGGUUCGAUAGUGGAGCACAAGUUAUAGCGUCAAAGCAUAGUUUGCAUAGCUCUCAUUUAAUAUGAUUUUUUGGCUGUAUUUUAUAGUAAAAUUGGUAAUGGUACCAUUAUGUUUUUUUAUAUUAAAGAAAUUAGUCUAGAUAAUAGCGUUAUUUAAGUAUAAAAUUUGGUAUACUGGCGCAGCAUGAAAGAAUAGGAGUUUUUGAAACUGAUGGGUCACGUGUAAGUACUUUAGAAAUAGAAGGCGUUAAUACUUUAGCAACUGAUGGUGUUUUUGUACUAAAUCCCCCUCUGUAAGCAGACUAAAAAAUUUUGUUCGCUCACAGAGGGGUUAAAUUUUUUUUGAAAUAUAGAAAAUCCCAAUUCGCAAAAAUCCGAAAGCAAAUAUUAAUUUAACCUGUAAAAUAUAGAAAAUUCCUGGGGAUAGCGCGGAAUACGCUAUCCCCAGGACAACCGGGAUCGGAUCCCACAUGGAACGAGGGUUCCAUGUGUGUGGAUCCAUUUUUCACACGUGAAAGUAAAUAUCUCACAUGUAAAAAAUGGAUCGACACAUGGAACUCCCGUUCCAUGUGUGAAUCCGAUCCCGGUUGGUCCUGGGGAUAGCGUAUUCCGCGCUAUCCCCAGGAAUUAUCUAUAUAUGUUUUAAAAUGCAAACUGUUUAAAAUUAAACAGAGUCAGCUAGAGAUUUCAUUAUAAUAAUUAUCACUUAUAUAUCAAAAUUUUUGUUUGCUCACGGAGGGUAGGUUUUACCCAAAAAAUAGGGAUUUUUCAAAUGUUUUUUGUUCGCUCACUGAUGGGGAGUAAGUGGCAAAGAAGACGGAGCAAUGGAGCUGUGGGAACUAAUGAAAGGAGAUUGUGUAUACAGGUGGCAGGGCAUUAAUAAAGUUACUGCUGUCUAUGUAGAUGCAACAGCAGAAAACUUUUUGGCUGGAAAUAUUGAAGGAAAUCUUUAUCUAAUCAAUUAG